AUGACAUAUCCCAACACCAGCACACCCACAGCCAACAUCAGCGGGGCUCUGGAUGACUACGGCUGGGACGGAAACCUCUACCGGCCCUUAACGGUGUUCAGCGUGCUCACUCUUACGUUACUGGCCAUGCUGGUGGUGGCUACCUUUGUCUGGAACUUGCUGGUGUUAGUAACCAUUUUGAGGGUGAGGACAUUCCACCGGGUCCCCCACAACCUUGUGGCCUCCAUGGCCAUCUCUGAUGUGAUGGUAGCCGCCCUGGUGAUGCCGCUCAGCCUGGUCCACGAGCUGAAUGGCAGGAAGUGGAAGCUGGGGCGUGUGCUGUGCCAGGUGUGGAUCUCUUUUGACGUCCUCUGCUGCACGGCCAGCAUCUGGAACGUGACGGCCAUAGCGCUGGACCGCUAUUGGUCCAUCACCAGGCAUCUCGAGUACACACUCAAAACCCGCAAGAAGAUCUCCAAUGUGAUGAUCGUCCUCACCUGGCUGCUGUCCUCCAUCAUCUCCCUGUCGCCGCUCUUUGGCUGGGGUGAGACUUACUCAGAGGGGAUGAAGUGCCAGGUGAGCCAGGAGCCCUCUUACACAAUCUUCUCUACCUUCGGAGCCUUUUACCUACCUCUGUGCGUGGUGCUCUUUGUCUACUGGAAGAUCUACAAGGCCGCCAAAUUUCGAAUCGGCUCUCGCAAGACCAACACAAUAACGCCCAUGGCUGAGGUGAUUGAGGUGAAAGAGGCAUCCCAUCAGCCUCAGAUGGCGUUUACCGUGCGCCAUGCCACGGUGACCUUCCAGACGGACGGAGACACGUGGCGCGAGCAGAAGGAGAAAAAGGCAGCGCUCAUGGUGGGCAUCUUGAUCGGUGUCUUCGUCCUCUGCUGGAUCCCCUUCUUCAUCACCGAGCUCAUCCUCCCGCUGUGUUCCUGCGACAUCCCGCCCAUCUGGAAGAGCAUCUUCCUGUGGCUGGGCUACUCCAACUCCUUUUUCAACCCGCUCAUAUACACGGCCUUCAACAAGAACUAUAACAAUGCCCUGAGGAACCUCUUUUCCCGACAACGAUGA